UGGAAGUGCCGGAUCUGUGACAUAUAUUUUCUCUGUAAAUACGUUUUGGCACCCGAACAGCAGCUUACACAUAUUAACCCUUCCCGAACUCCCCCAAUAUCAUACCUAAUUCUCUCCCAGCUCCUGCCCCUCCUCUCAUUCUAAUCGCCCACUAUUGCUCUAUGGAAGAGCAUAUGGAUGUAGACGACCAUAAGUCCGACGCCUCUCCCUCUAGAGAGCCGCCCCAUGAAUCAUCUCCAAAUUCCCGAAAGCGGAAAACCCCUCCAGAACGAGGAGAUUCUGCUGACGCUGAAGGCGAGAGUGUAGACGACUCGGUCGCCGUUCCAAAAGGUGAAUACGAAACUGGUCGUGUCAUGUGCGAAGUCUGUGGUGAGGGUGUCUCGUUUCGUGACGAGGCAACCAACGGAUUUACCCUGAAACACUGGGACGCCCAUCGCCAGCAAUGUGCCAACACCACUCAGGCAGUGCCAGAGCCUGUCAUAUAUACCCCGGAAAGUACGGCAGAGGCCCUUGCCAACCCCCCCGCUAAACGUCGCCGUGCCAAACGUACUGAAGAGGAACGCAUCGACUACCUGAGGGCGGAUCCUUACGUUGCACAGUUCGAGGCAUAUCGUGUAUUGUGUGCUUCGUGCGACAAGUGGAUCCGGCUCCGUCCUAAUUCCACUUAUUGCUCCAUCCCUUGGGAUGCUCACCGCAAGAGUUGCUUGUCAAAAAAGAUUAACAACAAGAAUGGCUGUGCCCUCGAAGAGAGAAAUUCAUUGCUCUCUAAAGACCCGGACGUCCGCAAGUUUGAUGCCGAGCGGGUCUUAUGCAAUACUUGCGACCGUUGGAUCCAAGUCAGCCCAGAAAAUCAUAUGCAGGCCGUCCAAAAGUGGCUCCACCACAGGUCGUCUUGUCAAAAGGGUGCUGGACAAUCUUCCGCGUCUCAAGCGGAAGCUUCAUCGCCACCAAAAUCCGACACAGCAGCUCGAGAAGGUCAAUCUCACCCUGAGCAUGCGUCUGCAAUUUUAAGACGUCCCUCGGGUUCACCAGUCCAAGGAAAAACUUCCAUACCAUCGGCAGCACCGUGCUCGCCUUCUUCAUCCUUCAAGGAUUUAACACCCACCAAUUUUCCAGCUCACGAGUCUCGUCGGCGAAAUGCCGAACAACGAGCUGCAACUCUCAAGGCUGAUCCUCUGGUUGAAGAGGUCGAGCCGAACAGAGUCUUCUGUUCUCUUUGCAAGAAGUGGGUACAGCUUCGACAAGAUAGUUCUUACUGCGCGUAUCCAUGGAUACAGCACCGGGGAAAAUGUCUAGCCCGACAUCAGAGACGAGCUCAGAAAGCUGCAGAGGUUGCAGAAAUUCGAGCUAAAGGUGGCACAUCCCAUCCUGACGACGGAAGCUUGUCAGACGAUGAUAUGUCUGCCGAAGACGAACUAGAGUCAGAAGAACCGUACGAUACCCAGGACGUACCCACGGAUGAUAAGCGCAAAGUUAGGAUUUUGGAUUCUCGGUCUCUUCACACUACGAAGAAACAACGAUUAGACAAUGGAAGCAGCCGCAUUGUCUCCACUUGGGUGGGCCCUGAUAAUGCUUCCACUAGCAAGAGAUCAUCGCAAAACGUCCGCUCUAUCCGCCCAAAGGGACGAAUUGAUAGCGACCUUCAUGUGCCAGCGGAAGCCUCCGGGUCGACUAGCCGUCUGGACCGCCGUCUCGUACUUGGUUUUGCUGACUUAAUCACCGUUCCUGGCCGGAUGGAUUUCAUUUUUUCGUCAAUCGCAUACCUAUUUAUGACCACUUAUGACAGCACGGAUGACAUGACUAUAUCUUCCCUGCUGACCUACUUAAACUCUGCCAUACCUGCCGACAAACACGAGGACUUCGACACAGCCGAAGUCGUCAAAGCAGCGGCCGCCUUGCAGGACCGCGGUGACAUUAUCUUUGAGGGCGAUAUGUUACGCCUUCCGGAAUAGCGGGUAAUUCCGGACAUUGUGAAGGUGAACAUAUGUAGACCUAUUUUCUCGAUUUGCAUUUCUUGGACUUUUACCCCACCGUUCGUUCACUCAUUGUUAUUAGCAUCCAUAAGGUCCUCUCAUCCAUCAUGUUGACUUUUGUUCAACUUCGCUGACGACGAUUGCAUCGAAAGUGUAUUUACCGUUCUUACCACCGACAUCUUGUAUUAUUGCCGAUUUCUUGAAUGCAAUGUAUUACAUGCAUUGCAUAUAUUAUAUUGCAGAGUCCUGAUAACAC